AUGCAGAUUGCUUCUACAAACAUUUGUGAAAGAAUGGGUCACUCUCAGGAGCUCAGUGAAUUCAAGCGUGGUACCAUGAUAGGUUGCCACCUGUGCAAUAAGUCCAUCCGUGAAAUUUCCUUGCUACUAAAUAUUCCAUGGUCACUUGUUAGUGGUACUAUAACAAAGUGGAAGCAACUGGAAACAACAGCAACUCAGCCACAAAGUGCGGGGUCAGUGUAUGCUAUAGCGCACAGUGCGCAGAAGUCGGCAACUGUCCACAGAGUCAAUAGCUAAAAACCUCCAAACUUUGUGUGGCCUCAGAUUAGCACAACAGUGUGUAGAGAGCUUCAUGGAAUGGGUUUCCAUGGC